AUGUCUCGCAGGCCGCCAACUUGUACUGAGCAGGAGAAGGGGACCAUGGACGAGGACGCUGAGAAGGAGCCGGUGGAGAGCUUGGAAGCUGAGAAUGAACCGCAAGCUGUUGACGAAGCUGAGCAAGCGAUCCCGCACAAAGAUCCCGAGGACCUGGAGUCGAAUGGCGACGAGAGCAGUCGAAAUGCUGACGAUACGGAAAUACUUGACGACGAGAACGGACAACCCGAUGCUGAGUCUGAAGAGUCUCAACCUCACUUUGCGCUGAACGAUUCCUUCGGUCCGAGCAAGGUCUCGCUGAACGGGAUGCACCGGGAUGAAGACAGCUCGCACCCGCGCUGGCGGCGGAGGAAGAAGCAUGUCUUUGUUGUCUCCUCUGCCGGCAAGCCUAUCUUCACGCGCUACGGGGACGAGGACAAGCUCAACCCGCUCUUCGGAGUGAUGUGUAGGUUGUUGAGGUCCGGAGGAUGGUGGGAUCACCAAGGCUCUGCAGGCUCCCUUGUCUCCUUCAUGACGCAGCAUGACGACAUACCCCGCGUCGUCUUCGCGGGAGAUCACAAGAUCGUUUUCCUGAUCCGAGGCCCGAUCUACCUCAUCAUGGUGUCGAGGACCAAGGAGCCAACUCCCCACAUGGCGCGACAGCUGCAGUUUGUGAGCGGCGCGAUGAGACCUUGA